UGCCUUUGCACAACGCAUGUUCUUAUGGACAUUAUGAAGUGGCUGAACUACUUGUCAAGUUUGGAGCUACUGUCAAUGUAGCAGAUCUAUGGAAGUUCACUCCACUACACGAAGCAGCUGCUAAAGGGAAAUACGAAAUUUGUAGACUACUCCUUAAGAGGGGGAUAAUGAUGUAGCAGACCUGUUGAGAGGUGAUGCUGCUCUUCUUGACGCUGCAAAGAAAGGCAACCUUACAAGGGUCACAAAGCUGGCCAACCCUGAAAACAUCAAUUGUCGUGACACACAAGGAAGAAACUCUACUCCAUUACAUCUGGCUGCUGGUUACAAUCACCUUGAAGUUGCUGAAUAUUUACUGGAAAAAGGUGCUGAUGUUAAUGCUCAGGACAAGGGUGGACUGAUUCCUUUACAUAAUGCAUCAUCAUCUCAUGGGAUGUCCUUGUCGAUAUGGGUCAUGAGGAACUCAAAGAAAUAGGAAUCCAUGCAUACGGGCACAGACACAAGAUAUUAAAGGCUGUUAAAGAAAAGCUCUCUGGUUUAGGACUAGGGUUCGGACCAUUUGCUACAACGUCUCUACAAGGUUCUGUACUACAAGAACUGACACCUGUCGACAAGGAUUACAGCUCUGUUGCAGAUGAGAUCGAACGAGUUGUAAACACUAAAUUAUGGGAUAAAUAUGUAUACCGUCGGCGAGAGAUCGCCGAUUCAAAUCAUAAUCACUCCAACGAAAGAAUGUUAUUUCACGGUUCUCCAUUCAUUAACGCCAUUGUACAAAAAGGUUUCGACGAGAGACAUGCGUACAUCGGUGGCAUGUUUGGAGCGGGAAUUUACUUCGCUGAAAACUCCUCUAAAAGUAAUCAAUAUGUGUAUGGAAUAGGCGGUGGACAGGGAUGUCCACAACACAAAGACAGGUCGUGCUACUCGUGCGAAAGGCAAUUAUUACUGUGUAGAGUAGCACUUGGAAAACCCUUCUAUCAAUUCUCGGCCGUCAAAAUGGCGCACUCGCCCCCAGGACAUCACUCUGUCAUCGGUCGCCCAAGCUCUGGUGGACUAUCCUUUGCUGAAUAUGUAAUAUAUCGUGGAGAGCAG